CCUCCCCGGGGGACCGCUCUUGCCUGGCCAGCUCGCCUGCACUAAGGCGGGGAGCAGCCCCAGGGCGCGCUCGCCUCCCGCCAGCUCGCCCCCCAUCACCGCCUCUGUCGCCGCCCCCUCCUUGGAAACCAAGUUACCAACGUUUAAACCAAUCCCUGGGCGCAAUUCUGCCACCCCCACACUCCACCCGCUGCGCUGUGAGGUCCUCCCAGCCCGGCUCUCCAUCGCUCGCGUUCCGCUCGCCUCCUGCACUCUCCCCUCCCCGGCAGCGGCGGCGAUGCCGGGGCCUUCGCCAGGGCUACACCGAGCGUCCCUCGGCCUCUGGGCUGCCCUGGCCUUGGGGAUCCUCGGCAUCUCAGCAGUCGCUCCAGAACCUUUCUGGGCGGACCUCCAGCCCCGCGUGGCUCUCGUGGAGCGCGGGGGCUCGCUGUGGCUCAACUGCAGCACUAAUUGCCCGCGGCCGGAGCGCGGCGGCCUGGAGACCUCGCUGCGCCGGAACGGGACCCAGAGGGGCCUGCGCUGGCUGGCUCGGCAGCUGGUGGACAUCCGAGAGCCGGAGACCCAGCCCGUCUGCUUCUUCCGCUGCGCGCGCCGCACCCUCCAGGCGCGCGGGCUCAUUCGAACUUUCCAGCGGCCGGAUCGGGUAGAGCUGGUGCCGCUGCCUCCUUGGCAGCCCGUGGGUGAGAACUUCACGCUGGGCUGCAGGGUCCCUGGAGCAGGACCCCGAGCGAGCCUCACGCUGACCCUGCUGCGAGGCUCCCAGGAGCUGACUCGCCGCAGCUUCGCGGGCGAGCCACCCCGAGCGCGGGGCGCGGGGCUCACCGCCACGGUCCUGGCGCGCAGGGAGGACCACGGGGCCAAUUUCUCCUGCCUCGCGGAGCUCGACCUGCGACCACACGGCCUGGGGCUCUUUGCAAACAGCUCGGCCCCCAGACAGCUCCGCACCUUUGUCCUGCCUCCACUUGCCCCGAGCCUGGUGGCUCCCCGAUUCUUAGAAGUGGGCUCCGAAAGGCCGGUGAGCUGCGCUUUGGACGGGCUGUUUCCUGCCCCAGAAGCCGAGGUUUCACUCUCGCUGGGAGAUGAGAGGCUGCAUCCGGAUGUGACCCUCGACGGGGACAGCCUCGUGGCCACUGCCACAGCUACGGCAAGCGCCGAACAGGAAGGCACCAGACAGCUGCAGUGCAGCGUGACCCUCGGGGGCGAAAGCAGGGAGGCCCAGGAAAACCUGACCGUCUACAACUUCCCCGUCCCUCUUCUGACUUUGAGUGAGCCCGAAGUUCCUGAGGGAAGGACGGUGACCGUGAGCUGCUGGGCAGGGUCUCAAGCCCUUGUCACCUUGGAGGGAGUUCCAGCUGCGGCCCCGGGGCAGCCCGCUGAGCUCCGGUUAAACGUCACGGAGAACGACGACAAGCGGGGCUUCUUCUGCGACGCCGCCCUCGAAGUGGACGGGGAGACUCUGCGAAAGAACCAGAGCGCCGAGCUCCGUGUCCUGUACGCACCCCGGCUGGAUGACCUGGAUUGUCCCAGAAACUGGACAUGGCCAGAGGGUCCAGAGCAGACCCUCCACUGCGAGGCCCGUGGAAACCCGGAGCCCUCUGUGCACUGCGCGAGGCCUGACGGCGGGGCGGUGCUGGCGCUGGGCCUGCUGGGUCCGGUGACCCGCGCCCUCGCGGGCACUUACCGAUGCACAGCUGUCAAUGGCCAAGGCCGGGCGGUCAAGGACGUGACCCUGACCGUGGAGUAUGCCCCAACGCUGGACAGCGUAGGCUGCCCAGAACGUAUUACCUGGCUGGAGGGGACAGAGGCAUCGCUUAGCUGUGUGGCCCUCGGGGUCCCACCGCCUAGCGUCAGUUGUGUGCGCUCCGGGGAGGAGGAGGUCAUGGAAGGACCGCUGCGCGUGGCCAGGGAGCACGCUGGCACCUACCGAUGCGAAGCCAUCAACGCCAGAGGCUCAGCGGCCAAAACUGUGGCUGUCACGGUGGAGUAUGGUCCCAGUUUUGAGGAGGUGGGCUGCCCCAGCAACUGGACGUGGGUGGAAGGAUCUGGAAGGCUGUUUUCCUGUGAAGCUGACGGGAAGCCAGAACCACGCUUGGAGUGCCUGGGCUCCGAGGGCGCCAACGAAGGGGCGGUGCUGCCCCUCGUGUCCUCAAACCCUGGUCCUAGAAACUCUAUGAACUCUAGUAACCUGUCACCAGGAAUUUACCUCUGCAACGCCACCAACCGGCACGGCUCCACGGUCAAAACUGUCGUCGUGAGCGCCGAGUCUCCACCGCAGCUGGACGAAUCCGGCUGCCCGAGUCACCAGACGUGGCUGGAAGGAGCCGAGGCCAGCGCGCUGGCCUGCAGUGCCAGGGGCCGCCCCUCUCCUCAGGUGCUCUGCUCCCGGGAGGGUGCCGCCAGGCUGGAGAGGCCGCUCGUGUCCAGGGAGGACGCGGGGACCUACCACUGCGUGGCCACCAACGCGCACGGCACGGAUUCGAGGACGGUCACCGUGGGGGUGGAAUACCGGCCUGUCGUGGCCGAGCUGGCGGCCUCGCCCUCCAGCGUGCGGCCCGGAGGCAACUUCACUCUGACCUGCCGUGCAGAGGCCUGGCCUCCAGCUCAGAUCAGCUGGCGCGCGCCCCCGGGGGCCCUCAACCUCGGCCUCUCCAGCAACAACAGCACUCUGAGCGUGGCGGGCGCCGUGGGCAGCCAUGGCGGCGAGUAUGAGUGUGCAGCCACCAACGCGCAUGGGCGCCACACGAGGCGCAUCACAGUGCGCGUGGCCGGUCCAUGGCUAUGGGUCGCUGUGGGCGGUGCGGCAGGGGGCGCAGCGCUGCUGGCCGCGGGGGCCGGCCUCGCCUUCUACGUACAGUCCACGGCUUGCAAGAAGGGCGAGUACAACGUCCAGGAGGCUGAGAGCUCGGGCGAGGCGGUGUGUCUCAAUGGCGCGGGAGGGCCACCGGGCGCGGAAGGCGGAGCAGAGACCCCUGGCACCGCCGAGUCCCCUGCAGAUGGCGAGGUCUUCGCCAUCCAGUUGACAACUUCUUGAGCCUGCGCUCGGCUCCCCCGGGGCCUCGCAAGCACGGGGGUGGACGUAUGUAUGGUUCGCUCUCUAUUUAUUCAACUCCAGGGGCAUCGCCUCCAUUUUCCACCCAUUCCCUUCAAUAAAGUUUUUAUA